AUGGGCGAUGAAGGCUUGCGAGAGGGGGUUCUGGCGAGAGGGGUUGCUGAAGGCUUGCGAGAAGGUGGCCGGCUAUGGGGGGCGAGAGAGCUGUUGUGGGGCUGGCUAUUGGCGAGUGGGGGCUGUGUAAGGGUGGUUGGCUAUGGUGAGGGGGAGUUUUGGUUGAGAGCUUGGUGCAGAGGAGAGGGAAAAGUCAACAGAAAGCGAAAUGGCGCCAUCGAUAACCAUAAAAACGGCUGUGGACGUAAAAUUACAUACGCAUCAAACAACACAAAUAUCUUCUUUGUAAUUAACAACAGAAAUUACAGCUCCCACUCAAAACAAAGAGAAGAAACCCCUUGUUUCUCUCCUUCUCUUUCAAUGGCUUCUGUGCCUCUUUCGUCUCUCUGUCUGGCUCAAAGAAGGAGACCAGAUGCUGCUGCUGCUGCUGCUGCUUCUCUUGGUUUCAGUUUUAACUACGGAAUUUCAAGUGAUUUGAGGUUUCGUUCAGGUUCUGUUGGGUUUGGUUUGGUAGAGAAGAAUCGAAGAAGCUUCUUCUCUUUUUUUCGUAAUCUUGAUGCUGAUGAUUUCAGACAUCCUCUUGAUAAACAGAAUACACUCAUAUUGAGGGCAAUUCCAGGAUUAAAUGAACUGGGGAAGGCUCUAUUAGGAAUAAAGAGGCUUGUGUUGUAUGCUGUGCACAGUUAUAUUUUAAGUAGGUUAUUGGAAUGCAUAAUUGCAGGAUCUGUGACAGAGCAAGUCAUGCUUCUUGAGAAUAUUGGGACUUCUGUUCUUGUUUCUAAAAAUCAGCUUUCUGGACUUCAUCAAUUGAUGACUGAGGCUGCGGAAAUACUGAAUAUUGAGCCCCCUGAUCUAUAUGUUCGGCAAAGUGCUGUACCAAAUGCAUAUACUUUAGCCAUAAGUGGGAAAAAGCCAUUUGUUGUUGUGCAUACCGGCCUCGUGGAGCUUCUGACACGAAAAGAGUUGCAGGCUGUUUUGGCUCACGAGUUGGGUCAUCUGAAAUGCGAUCACGGAGUAUGGCUCACGUUUGCAAACAUUCUUACACUUGGAGCCUAUACUGUUCCUGGACUUGGCAGGUUGAUAGCUCAGAGUUUAGAAGAACAAUUAUUCCGUUGGCUCCGAGCAGCAGAGCUAACGUGUGAUCGUGCAGCCCUUCUUGUUGCCCAAGAUCCUAAGGUGGUUAUCUCUGUUUUGAUGAAAUUAGCUGGAGGAAGCCCAUCAAUUGCUGAUCAGCUAAACGUGGAUGCAUUCUUGGAACAAGCACGCUCUUAUGAUAGAGCUUCUUCAAGUCCAGUCGGAUGGUACAUAAGAAAUGCUCAAACAAGACAACUUUCACACCCUCUGCCUGUUCUACGAGCUCGUGAAAUUGAUGAAUGGUCGAGAAGUCCAGACUACCAACAGCUUCUGAAACGUGCAAUACAGAUGAACACAGUACAUAAUGUUUAG